ACCCAAAAUCUUUUUCCAUAACUCCACCUGCAUUUUGCAGGGGAGGUAAUUGUAUUGUCGCCGUUUUUAACCCUCACUAACAGGAAAAAGCUCUUCCGAAGAAUGACGGAAGGCGUAUUCACCAUCACAGCAACUGACAACGACAACAGCAGAUCCCAAGCGUCUAUAAUUUCCAAUUACAAUAUUGACACCCGCAAUGAUGUCGUCGAACAACCCCUGCAGCCUAACGGCGUCAUUAAUAACGGAGAGAGGCUUACCGAUGACGUAAUGAGGAAGAAGAAGAAGAAGAAGCCAGGUGUAUUUGGCUUGUUCAAAGCUGCAAUGUUCGUGUUGCGCCAUGGUACAAAAGGAAAGCAGAAAGCAGCUCAGGUAGCUGUAUCAUCCACCAAGGGAGAUUGGAAGAAGCUGGUGGGGUCCAUGCGACCUCUGCAUCUCCAGGACAACAAUAGUCGUACGCCGUCCCAGACGGCCUACGACUACUGUGCCACCGCAUCGCCCUCAGCUCUGUCGUGUAGCGGAACCAUGAGCCAGUAUGCUUCGGCAAAUGAUCUCCAAGCACUGGAUGUCCCUGCUGCUGCACCCUCAAUUACCGACAGCAUGAGCCAGUACGCUUCAGCAAACGAUCUCCAAGCACUGGAGGCCUCAACUUCCUCUGGCACCAUGAGCCAGUAUGCUUCCGCAAACAAUCUCCAAGAACUCGAUGACGAGGAGGAAGAAGAGGAUCCUGACCAGGUCUUCGAUGCUAUUGGUGCUGACGACAUGAUCGAUGCCAAGGCCGAGGAGUUCAUCCUUCAGUUUUACCAACAGAUGAGGCGUCAAAACAUUGACUCAAUGAGCGGCCAAUUCAAUUAAGUAUUUAACUCAAACACAAUGAAAAAAAAGAAAAUAGAAACAAGGUCAAGAAUAAAUAAGGCUAUACAUACGUGGACUUUUUAUGCAUGCACGCCCGCGGCUGGCUCAUGAAUGAUCGACGUGCAUGCAUUUAUUAGUCCAAUUAUAUACAUGUUAUAUGAAAGAGUCACCAAAGGAUGAUCGAAGAACAGACUAAUAAAUAAAGCAUUCAUCAUAAGAUUUCUUAUAUGUAUUCUAUUAUAUGCAGGCGAAAUAUAUGUAUGAAUUGCUAUAUAUACAAAGACAAGAGGAACGUAACAAGGAAUGAGUAUUCUAUAGCCAGUUCAUUUUAUAUAUCUUGCUUUAAUUUACUGCAAAAUUUUCUGUAUUCUUAGGGUGUACUUUGAGUUAAGGCGUUAUAUAUUUGAUCACUAGUUGUAGA